AUGCUGGUCCGUCCCAAGGCGGUCUCGCAGCUCGCCUCGACUAUCAGCGCUAGGUCGCUGUCGUCGCGCGUGGCUCCUGUCCGACCAUCUCUACUAUCAUCAGCAUCGCCCCUGCGAUCGUCUCCGAUUCAACCUGCCCUGCGCCGCGCCUAUGCUGAUGCUGCCGCUGCCGCUCCUUCGCCAGCGCCCAAGAAGCGCUUUCGCUUUUUCCGCUGGGCGUAUCGACUGACCGUCCUCUCGGGAUUAGGCCUUACUGGAUACCUGGGCUACAGCAUUUACAUUCUGCGCCACCCUGAGGAGCAAAUCGAGCCUGAUCCAUCCAAGAAGACUCUUGUUAUUCUGGGAACUGGUUGGGGCUCCGUCUCGCUGCUCAAAAAGCUCGAUACCGAAAACUACAAUGUCGUCGUCAUUUCCCCCCGUAACUUUUUCCUCUUCACCCCGCUGCUGCCCUCGUGCACUACGGGCUUGAUUGAGCACCGGUCUAUCAUGGAGCCCAUUCGCAACAUCCUGCGCCACAAGAAAGCGACUGUCAAGUUCUUCGAAGCUGAGGCCACCAAGAUCGACUAUGAGAAGCGUGUGGUGUAUAUAAGUGACGACUCGGAGAUCAAGGGUGAUGUCUCGCACACUGUUGUGCCGUUUGAUAUGCUUGUUGUGGGUGUUGGUGCCGAGAAUGCCACCUUUGGCAUCCCCGGUGUCCGAGAGAACUCGUGCUUCCUCAAGGAGGUCGGCGAUGCUCAGAAAAUCCGCAAGCGUAUCAUGGACUGCGUCGAGACCGCCGUCUUCAAGGAUCAGACCGACGAGGAAGUCAAGCGCCUCUUGCACAUGGUUGUCGUCGGCGGUGGUCCUACCGGCGUCGAGUUUGCCGGCGAGCUCCAGGACUUUUUCGAGGACGAUCUGCGCAAGUGGAUUCCUGAAAUCCAGGACAACUUCCACGUAACCCUGGUCGAAGCCUUGCCUAAUAUUCUUCCCAUGUUCUCCAAGCAGCUGAUCGAAUACACCGAGUCCAGUUUCAAGGAAGAGAAAAUCACCAUCCGCACCAAGACCAUGGUCAAGAACGUCACCGAAAAGUUCAUCGAGGCCGAGGUGUCUAAGCCCGACGGCACCAAGGAGCUGGAGAAGAUUCCCUACGGACUUUUGGUCUGGGCCACUGGUAACGCUGUCCGCGACGUGGUGCGCGACCUAAUGGGCCAGAUCCCCGCGCAAAAGGACUCUCGCCGCGGUCUGGCCGUCAACGAAUUCCUGGUCGUCAACGGAACCGAAAACAUCUGGGCUGUCGGCGACUGCGCCAUCACCAACUACGCCCCCACCGCCCAGGUCGCCGGCCAAGAAGGCGCGUUCCUGGCCCGUCUGUUCAACACCAUGGCACGCACCGAGGAGAUUGAAAGCGAGCUCAAGAAGCUGUCUGUCGCACAGUCGGAAGCCAAGGGCGAAGACCGCGACCGCGUCUUGGACGAGAUCAAGGAGCGCCAGCGCCAGCUGCGUCGCACUAAGCAGAUUGGUCCCUUCCAGUACUCACACCAGGGCAGUCUGGCGUACAUUGGCAAGGAGCGAGCAGUUGCAGACAUCAGCUGGCUGAGCGGCAACAUUGCGAGCGGUGGUACCAUGACCUAUCUUUUCUGGCGCAGUGCCUAUCUGAGCAUGUGCUUCAGCGCGCGCAACCGUGUCCUCGUGGCCACCGACUGGAUCAAGGCCAAGAUCUUUGGUCGUGACGUUUCUCGCGAGUAA